AUGGCAUCCCAGAUUCGGGAUUCAACUAGAAACAGCCUAGCUAGCGGCAGAGUCAGCGCAAUACUACAACUGACUCAAGCUCGCCCCAUUAAUGCAUUGCAUUUGAAUAAUGAUUGGUCUACUAGUAUAAUACCUCUGGACCAGUAUCAAGAGAAACUACAAGAAAGGAGAAGAGAAUGGGAAGCAUCUCAACCUGUUCAAUUUGAGGAUAGAAGAGAAAUAGAACAUCUGACACGUGUACUACAAGAAAGGGAAAGGGAACUACAGGAGGAGAGAAGAGAAAAGGAACAAGUUAGAAACAGACUACAGCAACAACUUCAAGAAAUAGAUCAACAGCUUCAGGAAGCACAGCAACAAGGACAAGAAAGAGAGAGACAAGUUCAGGAUCUUCAACGACAGCUUCAACAUAUCCAGCAGCAGCUUCAAGAAACAGAACGGGAAGUUCAAGAGGGUCGGGAAAGAGAACAGGGUCUUCAACAACAACUUCAGGAAAGUCAGGAUAGAGAGAGAAGCCUAGAGCAACAACUAAGAGAGAGAGAUAGGCAAGAGAGGGAGUCUUCCUGGGUAGUUGACAGAAAUGAUAUUAGAAUGACAGAAAGGAUUCUAGGCAGAGGAGGAUGGGGAGAGGUCAGAGUAGCUCGUUUCCACGGACUGGAAGCGGCUGCAAAAGUACUUCAUGAGACCAUCAUAUCAGAAUAUAACCUGUCACUAUUUUCUCGUGAAAUGAAUAUUGCUUCUAAAAUACGACAUCCUAACCUCCUUCAGUUCAUAGGAGCCACUACAGAGGGUAAUCCAAUCAUCCUGACGGAGCUAAUGCCCACCAGCCUA